AUGGUUAUCAAGAGAACUGCAGUGAAAGGAUCAGCGAAUAUCUCAGUGCUAGCCGAAGCCCUGAGGUUUAAGACCUCAGGGCGAGUAGCGAAAAAUCGGUUUAUGAAGGUGAGAGUUAAAAGCAAUAUUUUUUGAGACUUUUAGGCCUCUCUUUCCGAAUAUAUCUCCACAUUUGACAAGUGUAAUGUCGCAAUUACUGGGCAUAUUACCCCAACGCUUCAUAAUUUGUACGAAAAAUGGGGCCAAGGAGGAUUCGGCCUUGUCCUCACUGGCACCAUCAUGUACGAUCCAUAUCAUCUGGAAGCGGCGGGGAAUCACGUCCUUUGCAAGGAGAAUUGGUCCGACAAAAAAGGGGAUGAAUUGCGGUAAGAAAAGUUUUGAGAUUAGAAAGGCGGAGCACAGUGUUGCUGCGCCGAUCGCGUCUCCGAAGGGAAAGGCAACUUGAUUUUCUCUCUGCGUCCCUAAAAAUGCCCUUUAUAGACGGGUUAGUACCUAUGUUUCUUUCCGGGACUCUCCGGGAUUCUGAAGUAAAACGAUUCCACUUAUUUAACGGCAUUUUCGCAAUUUUUUAUGCUGUGAUUAAGGCAUUCCGGCGGCGAAAAUCCUUGAAUAUCUUGGCUGUAUCUGCAAAGUACAACCUUAAACCUUUAGCUCACGAUUUAUAGCCCUUAUAGCGCUUACAUGAAAAAUUUGAAGGCAGAGUGACCAUCUCAUCCUAGGGAAGUAAACAUUCGACUUUUUGCAGUAAAUUAGCCACCGCCAUAAAGGCGGACGGCGCAUUGGCGGUCGCCCAACUUGGCCAUGCCGGUCGUCAAACUCCCCUUCACUUGAAUCCUCAUCCGUUGGCGCCGUCGGCCGUGCCGUUGGCCGGAAAGCCCUUUGGCAACAGCUACGGGUUUCCCGUUGCCCUGACCUUGGAGCAAAUUCAAACCGAAGUCAUUGAGCGAAUAGUUUUUGCGUCCGAGAAAUUAAGAAACGCCGGCUUUGACGGGAUCCAACUUCAUGGAGCUCAUGGCUAUCUUUUGGCUGAAUUUAUCUCUCCGACGACAAACUUGAGGACCGAUAGAUACGGUGGAAGUGCGGAGAAACGGGCGCAGAUUCUUGUGGACGCAUACAACGCGAUUCGGUAUGGGGAAACGGGCAUAUUUAUACAGGAGAAAUGCUCCAAGUACGAAGCUCAGAUUUCGAUGAAACAUAACACAAAUUUGGAGUAAUUUUUGAUAAAACAUGAGCCAUUUUCUGUCUCUCGCUGUGCUCAAACGACCGAAACCUUGAGCUGGAAUGUUGGCAAAAAAUAUGAAACUUUUGGCAAACUUCGGUAUGACAAUUUUCGUACUUAAACCUGCAGUAGAGAGCAAUGUUUUCACAAAAAUGUAUGUGGCUUUGUUUUGACGUGUUCACUCGUAAGUGCAAACAAAAUCUGAGCGUCGCACUUGGGAAUUAAUUGAUGAUUUGCAGGAAAAGAAUCCCAGCAUCCACUGGGUUCAUUAUUGGAGCGAAGCUAAAUUCUGUUGAGUUCCAGAGCCACGGUCUGGGCCUUGAAGAUGCCAUUACAACGGCUAAGAUUGUGGAUGUAAUAAUAUGUUUUAUGGACGUUUGGCGCAAAUGAAGAUUAGCGUAUUUAUGAAGGCCAAGCGUUUUAUUUUAUGUUCGAGAUUUGUCACGUAUAGCGCGCCAAAAAUUUCAACUUGUUUCUUUCAACUCGAACUGGAAUUUUACCAUCAUUCUGUCGGGAAAAUAAUAAGCAUUCAGUCGCAUGGAAAAUCGCAGCCGCGGAGAAAUUAAACCGUGUUGCGGCAGAUUGCUUUUCAUUUCAGUGAUGCAAUCGGCUCAGCGAUAUUGCUCACGUUAUUUUCCCGACGGACUAACACUAUUUAUUAAUAUUUUUUGACUACAGACAGCAGGAAAUGACUCUUCUUUCAGCAAACAGGCUUCGAUUUCAUUGAGUUCUCCGGUGGGACAUACGAGAAAUUCGGCUUCGAUCAAAAGGAAACGACCAUAAAGAGGGAAGCCUUCUUUAUCCAAUUCACCGAGGCGAUUAAGCCGCAUCUCAAGAGCGUCGUGGUCUACCUUACCGGUGGGUUUCGGACCGCUGCCGCAAUGGUCGACGCGAUCAAGAACGGGGCCACGGAUGGGAUUGGCCUCGGACGCCCAACCACUGCGGAGCCGGAUUUGCCAACAAAGAUUUUGAGUGGCCAAGCGCUGUCGACGGCGUUCAGCCCGGUGGAGGCUGUUUACGACCAAGGAUUCGCGAUUUCGACCACUCAAAUGGGCCAGGCCGGCGCCCUGCCGUACUCCGCAUGUCAUGCCGAUCCUUGUUUUGGGAUAAUGGAUCAAAGCGAUGACAGGGAGUACAAGGAAUUUGUGACCGCCUACAAAAGGUAUAUACAGGAUAAGCGAAGCCGGCUGGCGAAUGGAGAAAUCCCUGUGGGAAUCUGCAAUUACAAACCACGUUAUUUGAAGAGCUCGUUGUAAUUUUUUCAAACGGGAUAUUACAUAGUAUUAUUGGUUUAGCAGCUGUUUUGUCUUGAAAUAAAAAACCACCAUCGUUGCCAGUCUGUCAGGAAAAUAGUGUGUAUCAUGAGAAACAAAAAGAACAAAAGCUUGCCGGAUAAAACUGUUUAUUGUACUUGAAAACAUCACAAAGAGGGCCUAGAUUCCUCGUCAAUACGAUCAGACUUUGGGCCUCCCAAUACGCUGUCCUAGACCAGCUCUCACAAACUAUUACAAUUAGCAAUGACUCGUUUAUCCUCCAUCACAAACACACAAUAGAUCCCAAUACCUCAAACGCGAGUAGCCGGCCGCACACUCUGUUGCUUCUUCACCAAUUGUCCACACGCUCUAAUUGCAAGGGAAAAUUGCUGGCUCAAGCCACUACAGUGAGGGACGUGAUCCAGUGGCAAAAAACGUCCCAUUUUGCAUCCAGGAAGGAACCAAAUUGUCGCAAAAUACCUCCCUUCCAAACUGACCUUCCUUCAAUUCACGUCGCGGUCGAUGGCGGCGGAACACCAAUUUCCUUUCGGGUUUCGUGGCGAUACGUGGCGACGGGUCGAGUUCUGUUGCGGGGGCCGUGGCCUCGCUGACGCCUACAGCCUCACGCCUGAACGAAGAGUGAUUCAUAUUUGGAUGUUUCCUAAAAUGGAGUUUACUGCUCAUUUUGCUCCCAUAUGCGGUCUGUUCAACGAAAUUCAUCAAGACUUGAACUGCAAGCCAAAAGCUCAACACCUUCGUGUUUGCACACCUGAAAGGUUAUUUGCACUCUCAUACUAUUAUAGAAAUAGACACUACCAUAAACAGGAUUGGCAUAUAUAAUACGAUUGAAUCAGCCAAUUAUCACCUCAUCGACUUCAUUCAAGUCUUGUAUUACUCACGGUAAGUGUUGCAGGUGUUAAGACAUGACCUAUUAAUCCUUUCAGAGCCAUGAACUCUCAACUUCUUGUUCUUUUCGUCGUCAUCGGCCUCGUUGUCGCGGGACCUAUUGAUAACGUCCUCAGCAAACUAAAUCCGAGUCAAAAAAACCAGCUAAAACAAUUGGUGAAGGACUCUCAAGGCAAACCUCGAGCCCAGGUUCGUGAGGGAUUCCAAGAUUUCUUCAAUGGAAUGGGCGACGAAUUUAGAGAAUCGUUAAAGAAGGACCUGGCUUUCCUUGAUGAACUGACAAACGAUCUCCUCGAGAAGGGCAGGAGAUUAAUUCCGGACAACCAAGAUCAAGAAGAUCAAGAUCAAGAAGACUUCCAAUAA